AUGGGCUCGACGCUGUCCCUGCCCCCCGCGGCCGCCGACACCAAACGCCGGGCUCCGCCGGCCUCGGCGCUCACACCCAAGCCACCACCAUCACCAUCACCAUCAUCAUCAACAUUAUCGCCACAAAAGGAUAGCGACAAUGGCGUCGAAAAAUCGCCAAAUAAGCAACCAGCGCCACAACCGCAGCAGCAGCAGCAGCAGCAUCAAUUAACGCCGCCGCCGUCGCCACCCCUCGGUACAUACACCUUUCCCACUGGCAAGCUCAAGCGCCGCCUCACACAACCCGGCAAGACGCCGCUCGUGCUCGUCGCCUGCGGCAGCUUCUCGCCUAUUACCAAGCUGCACGUGCAAAUGUUUGAGCUGGCCGCCCGCCACAUCCCGCGGACCGAUUUUGAGAUUGUCGGCAAUUAUUUGAGUCCAUGCAGCGACGCGUACAACAAGUCCUCCCUCGUUCCUGCUCACCACCGCUUGCAAAUGUGCUCCCUCGCCGUCGAGAACCUCGCCGCCGACGUCGACGACUGGGAGGCCACGCGCGUCGACGACGCCGGCCGCCCGCUGUACAGCCGCACCGCCGACGUCCUGCGGCACUUUGACGCCGCCAUCAACGACGACGACGACGACGGCGGCGGCGGCCUCGGCGGCAUCCUGUCUGUCGACGGCACCCGCCGCCUGCGCGCCCGCAUCGUCCUGCUCAUAGGCGCCGACCUCGCCCUCACCAUGAGCAACCCAAAGGUAUGGGCGCCCGCCGACAUUGACGUGCUGCUCGGCGGCCACUACGGCGCUUUCGUGGUCGAGCGACCGCACCAGUGCGCCGUGCGCGACGCCGUGGCGCCGCUGAGCAAGUACAGCGACAACAUCUGGGUCGUUGAUGCUUUUGACAAUGACGUCAGCUCGACAAAGGUCCGCGCGCAAAUACAGAACCGCGAGCAGUCGAUGGAUAUCCCCGGCGCCGUCUUUAAAUACAUUAAGCUGCAUCGCCUAUACCUCGAGUAG